UUUACAAAAAAAAUAAACUUUGAUCGGAAAAAAAUGGCCUUAUUCUCCCGCAUCCGUUCUCCGACCGCUGUAGCUUUUCGCCUCCGCUACUUUUCCACCCUCUCCAAAGAGGCAUCCACCCCUCUAACCUCCCACCAAAAAUCACGCGCCGCUCUCUCCCUCCUAAAAUCCGAGCAAGACCCCGACCGCAUCAUCGAAAUCUGCCGCGAUGCCUCCCUCACGCCAUCAUCCAAUCUCCACCGAAUCGCUUUUUCCGUCGCCAUCUCCAAACUCGCCGAAGGCAACCAUUUCGAAUCAAUCCACCAUUUCCUCAAGGAGCUCCGUUCCCGCCCCGACUUACAAAACGCGCGUUUCGCUUCCCAUUCUUUAAUCCUCUAUGGUCAAGCCAAGAUGCUAGACCGCGCCGUAACGGCCUUUGAUGAAUUUUACAACAAGGGGUUAUGCCGUUCGACGAAAUCAUUGAACGCUUUGCUCGUGGCGGGGUUGAUAGCUAAGGAUUAUGAAGAAGUGAAGAGGAUAUUUUCGGAAUUUCCUCAAAGGUAUGGGAUCAAUCCUAAUAUAGAAACUUAUAAUAAUGCAAUUAAAGCCUUUUGUCAAUCUGGGUCUUCGAGUUCAGUCUAUUCCAUUUUGGUUGAUAUGAAAAACAAAGGAGUUAAACCGAAUGCGACGACGUUUGGGACUUUGUUAACUGGGUUUUAUGAGGAAGAGAAGUAUGAAGACGUUGGGAAAGUGUUGAAUUUGAUGAAGGAAUAUGGGAUUCCUGUUGGGGUUAGUACUUAUAAUAUCAGGAUUCAGAGCUUGUGUAUGUUGAAGAAGUCUAAUGAAGCUAAGGCUUUACUUCUCGGGAUGAUGUCGAAAGGGAUAGACCCGAAUUCGGUUACCUAUAACCAUUUGAUUCAUGGGUUCUGUAAGGAAGGGAAUUUGGAGGAAGCCAAGUGCUUGUUUAAUAGUAUGGUGGACAGCAGUUUGGAGCCAGAUAGUUAUUGUUAUUUUAAUUUGGUGCAUUUCUUAUGUCAAGGUGGGGAUUAUGAGUCUGGUUUGAGGAUUUGUAGGGAAUGUAUGGAGAAAAACUGGGUUCCGAAAUUUUCGACUAUGAAAUUGCUUGUGAAUGGACUUGUUAGCAUAUCUAAGGUUGAGGAGGCCAAGAAACUUAUCCAGUAUGUUAAGAAGAAGUUCUCGAAAAAUUCAGAUUUGUGGGAUGAAAUCGAGAAGGGUUUGUUGCGCUAGUAGAGAAGGUAACCAUGGUGUCAUAGGAUGUUGUAUAACAUUAGUGAUUAUGAGGUCUAGCUGAUUUUGUAUGAAAAUGGAAGCUAAUUGGACGGUUAUCCUUUAACAUGAUGGAUCGUUUGCAUUUUCAAGAAAUACAGAGCUGAUAAUUACACAUGAAGGAAAAAGGUUAUAUGUAUAUUCAACUAAUAUCAUUAACAGAUCUAGACAAGCUUUUGAUGUGCAUGUACUGUGAUGGUAAUCGGUUACUCCAGACAUGAAUCUGAGGGUUCUAAUUUAUCCUGGGAAUCAUGUGACUCAAAGUCUGCCAUCAAGAGAUAUGUGCUGCAGCUGCAGCUGCAUGAGUAUUCACAUUUCCCUUUCCAUGCACUAUGGUGAAGACUGCUUGGUUCUAGUGAGUACAUCAUGAGCAUAUCAUUAAUCAUUUCCCCCCUGAAACGAUCAUUGUCAUUUUGUUUGUUAAUUAGUAAAAAAUUCUGUUCUCUGAAUACUAAAUUGUUGCA